GAUUCGGCCAAGCAGAAACUUGCCGACGAUGCGUUGAACUCCCUACUCGAGAUGGCUAAGCUUCAGGUCGCGGCCUUCAAACUUGCCAUAAGCAAUCCCAAUUUCGAAGCCAAGCUCAUCCCAAUCGAGAAGAUUCUCAGCUCCGACUCGAUCAUUCAGGCCAGCAUCGAAAACACGCCUACCAACAUCGGAUCUGUCAUUAACGAGACGUUCUCUGCAUUCGCAAACGGCGAGGUUGUGAAAGGAAUCACAACCCUUAUCAACAGUGGCUUGAAGAUACUCCUCGGAAGCUAUUCUGGAAAUGUCUCUACGAGAGACACCUACCUCAUCUCGACCGGCAAGAUUGGCGGUGUC